UUGAAACCCAGACAAAGCCACCGCAUUCCACGUAUUCUCGCACCUAAUACGCAUUGACAUUCCUCUCUUACACUACAACCUAUUUUCCUAAUUAUUAAUUCCCAAAUUUCGCACAUUUCUUAAUUUUUUCCAACAUCGAACUCUCCGACGUCGUCAAACAGCUCCGCCGUUCCUCCCCUUCCGCCCUAUUUUUCUAGUCUUAAUCAGUCGAAAUUUAGGGUUGUUUGGUGGUGGUGGCACAUGGCGAACGGUGGAGAGGACGGUGGCGGCGGUCGGGCCGUAGGGCCGGAUUUCGAUUUGCCCGACGAGAUAUUAUCUGUGAUACCCACGGACCCCUACGAUCAGCUGGAUCUGGCGCGUAAGAUCACGUCCAUGGCGAUCGCGUCGCGCGUCACGAAGCUCGAAACGGAGGCCGGAAGGUUCCGCCAGAAGCUUAACGAGAAGGACCGCCUUAUUCAGCAGCUCGAGGAUAAGGUCGCCCAACUCGAGGCCGCCUAUCAGGACGCCGAAUUCCGCUUGAAAAUUACGCGCGAAGAUAAUAUGAAGCUAUUGAAGGAAAGAGAUUCAUUGGCUAUGACAACAAAGAAGCUCAGUCGUGAUUUGGCGAAGCUAGAGACAUUUAAGAGGCAACUCAUGCAGUCACUGAAUGAAGAAAAUUCACCAUCAGAAACUGUUGAUAUUGGAACUUAUGAUCAAUCAGUGCCCAAGGCUUACUCCACAAAUGAUGAUUCAAAUGGCUAUACAUCUUAUAGUGGUUCUACCGACAAUGCAAGCACAAAUGAUGAAGUUUCCAAGCAAGCUGGGCAAAAGUUCUCUCUCACACCCUAUAUAACUCCCCGCCUCACUCCUACUGGAACUCCAAUGAUUUCCACUAGUGCAUCCCCGAGAAGGUACUCAGCUGCUACCUCUCCUCAGAAAACCUCUGGUACUACUUCUCCUUCUGCAAAUUAUGAGGGAAAAGGAUCCUAUUCGUCUUGGUACCCUUCCAGCCAGCAAUCGUCAGCAGCUAACUCUCCUCCUCGGGGACGUCCAUUGCCAGGUCGCGCUCCUCGAAUUGAUGGUAAAGAGUUCUUCCGUCAAGCAAGGAGUCGGUUGUCACUUGAGCAAUUCAGCGCAUUUUUGGCAAAUAUAAAGGAAUUAAAUGCGCAAAGGCAGUCACGGGAGGAGGCACUGAAAAAAGCAGAAGAGAUUUUCGGGACAGACAAUAAGGAUCUGUAUUUGUCAUUUCAAGGGUUGCUAAACCGCAAUACGCACUAGAAAGGGGUGUCGUGCUCGUUGGUUUGUGCUCAGUUCUUUUCCCUUUCCUCUUGGGAGAUGUAUCGUCCAAUUUUAGCAGGUACUGUUGUUCCAGAUUAUAAACAAACUUCACAUCCCUUUUUUUCUUCUAUUUUGUGCAAGGACACAUGUAGUUGUAAAUAAUGGCAUUUUUGGUUCCGCUUUCA